AUGGCAUUUACCACCCACCAACCUGUCAUAGUGGUCGGCGCCAGUCUGGUCGGACUUUCCGCAGCUCUAUGUCUAGCCUCUCACGAGGUGCAGACCAUCGUGCUCGAGAAGCACUCGGGCAUUUCGAAGCAUCCUCGAGCAAUCGGUUUCACUGCACGAACAAUGGAAAUCUAUCAUUCCCUCGGUAUCGAAAAUGAAGACCCGGCACCAGAAGACUUCAAACUCGAGCGAGCCCACGUCGAAAGCAUCACAGGCAAAUGGUUCGACAGUUCCUCUUGGUCCGAUACAGAGAGAAAUCUCAAGCCAGAAGCCCCAAAAGAGCAUCUUCAGAAAGAAAACACUCCCAAGAAAGAGUAUUCUGCUGUUCGGGGGUCCGCCAUCCCACAGGAUAAACUGGAGCCAAUUCUCGAAUCAUUGGCCCUCGAGCGUGGCGCAGACAUUCGUCGUCAACAGAAAGUCAUCCACGUGGAACAAGAUCAAGACGGAGUCACAGUUACAACAGAGUCUCAUGGUCGGCAGCAAACCAUCCGAGGCUCCUACCUCAUCGCCGCCGAUGGCAAUCGCAGUACCAUUCGUGAGCUGCUUCAGAUCCCUCGACACGGCCGCGGAUUUAUGCAGAAUCUUCACAGCAUUCUUUUCCGUGCACCUCUCGCCCAAUGGACGAAAGGAUACGUUCAAUUCGACAUAGACCAGCCCGAUCUUAAAGCGUUCCUUGCUUCCUACAGUGACGGACGCUGGGCCCUUAUGUCCAAAGAUGGCAUUGAGCGGGGAGAGCCAGCUCUACGUGCUGCUAUCUAUGAAGCUGUUGGUAGAUCGGACUUUCCCAUAGAGAUCAUCACGACCGGUCAGUGGGAGUUGACUGCUCUUGUGGCGGAAACCUUCCGUUCUGGACGGGUCUUUCUCGCUGGUGACGCGGCGCAUACCCUACCUCCCAAUCGUGGUGGAUAUGGAGCAAACACAGGUAUUCAUGAUGUGCAUAACUUGGCAUGGAAGCUUGCUGCCGUUCUCUCUGGGGUGUCUUCGUCGGACCUUCUCGAUACAUAUGAUGCCGAGCGUCGUCCGGUGGCUCUUCUUCGACAUGAUCAAAUCUUUGUACGCGCUGAUUAUAAGGUGCAUUUAGACACGGCCACCCCAGUUGGUGAGAAAAUUGAUGAUGAUGCCAUGGAGUUUGGUCAACUUUACCUGUCAAAAGGAAUUGAUGGAGCUGAUGGAAGUCUGCCGAGGGCGAUGAAACCUGAUGAGUGGCAUGGCCAGCCGGGUACACAUUUGCCACAUUUGUGGACUUUCAGAAAGGAAGAAAGGGUCCCUAUUCUUGAUGUUGUUGGUCAAGACAACUGGACCUUGAUUUCUGAGAUCAACGAGUGGAGUGAUAUUGCUUCACGGGUGAACGAAAAGUCGCCCCUUCCGCUCAUCUCGAUUCAUAUCGGUCGCGAUGUGCAGCUUUCUCAGCUGGACGAGUUCCAGAUAGCUUUCGGUGUUACUAAGACCGGUGCCACUCUUAUUCGUCCAGAUGGGUACAUUGCAUGGAAGGCAAAUGAGUUACCAGCUAAUGCAGACGAGGUUCUGAAUAAUAUCUUGGAUAGGGUUGCAUUCAGGAUUGCUGCCUCUGCCCAUUAG